UUUAAAAAUGUGUUUAAUCCUUUUUAUAUUACAAUAUGCCAAUAUAUUCCAAUAUAGUGAUAUUAUUUUAAGAUUCUAGAUAACCUCUUCAUAGAGUUCCCAAAAUAUAGGUCAAAUUUAUGGCUAUCAUUGUUAAAACAAAAGUUUAAAUUAAAUGCCUCAAUCUUCCUACUAUUCAAAGACAUUUUAAGGCCAUCUACAUGGGUAAUCUCUGGUGACAUUUUUUAUGAAAUAAAAUACCUUUUGGUUAAAAAUAUAAAAUACAGGUAUAUUUUCACGGCAUGGUAUUUUAAUUGAAACCCUGAUGCUAUUCAAUUUUUCUCAAGUGUUUCAUUUACUCAAUAAAGGAACACUUGUAAGAAUUAUAGUUAGGCAUCCUACCUGAUGAUUUUAUCGGGACCAUGUUAUUUCCACUUCCAGAAAUGUUCUUUUCAGUCGGUUAAAAUCAAUUGGAACCAAUUAUAACCUACAAGUUUUCAGCUCCAGUAAUAUUUUGAAAACUUUCUUAAAAUUAAGCAAGUCCUUUUAAUAAUUACUCCUUUCGUGGGUGUUCUUGGUAAAGUUUUAACAUCACAUAAUAUAAGCAUUGUGUAUAAUCGUUUUUAAGCUCUACAAAUACGUGAGAUUCACGAAGAGGUGAGCAUAAUCAUUUCUUCUGGAAUUUCUUAGUCGUUGCAAUAAUAAGAAUGGGCUCUAGGCGCCGCUGUUCACCAAUCAGGGAAUGGGAAGCUGCGCGCUAUUGAGUCCCUCCCUCCCCCGCCUCUACCACACAAAGCAGAAUGAGAUGGAUACUUACUGGAGACUUAGAAGUAUUUUCCUGCGCUUUCUGAUAUAUUUUGGAUGCAGUCGGCCUAGGACUUCAUAGAUACAUAAACCGAUUCACAACCAACCAGCUCGAGAAAUCGCGGAAUAUCGGCUUAGAGCCUGCCAUGGCGAAUCGGCUACAGCGCCUGGACCGCAGUGGGCUGGUGCUGCUGUGCAUUUUCCUGGGGACGCUGCGGGGGUUCCGGGCCGGGCAGAUCCGAUAUUCGGUGCCCGAAGAAACCGAAAAAGGCUACUUCGUGGGCAAUAUCUCCAAGGACCUGGGGCUGGAGCCCCGGGAGCUGGCGAAGCGCGGAGUCCGCAUCGUCUCCAGAGGGAAGACACAGCUUUUCGCUGUGAAUCUGCGAAGCGGCAGCUUGAUCACGGCAGGCAGGAUAGACCGGGAGGAGCUCUGUGAGACGGUGUCCUCCUGUUUUUUAAAUAUGGAACUUCUCGUGGAAGACACCUUGAAGAUUUACGGAGUGGAAGUGGAAAUAAUCGACAUUAAUGAUAACGCCCCCAGCUUCCAGGAAGACGAAGUGGAGAUAAAAGUCAGUGAGCACGCAAUUCCUGGGGCGCGAUUUGCUCUUCCUAAUGCUAGGGAUCCAGAUGUGGGCGUGAACUCCCUCCAGAACUACCAGCUCAGCCCUAAUAGUUACUUUUCCUUGCAACUACGGGGCAGAAUGGAUGGGGCCAAGAAUCCAGAGCUAUUACUGGAGGGAAGCCUGGACCGAGAGAAAGAGGUUGCUCACCUGCUCCUCCUCACAGCUUUAGAUGGAGGCGAUCCCAUCCGAAAGGGCUCAGUUCCUAUUCGUGUGGUGGUCCUCGAUGUAAAUGACCACAUCCCAGUGUUUACACAGUCCGUAUAUCGCGUGAGCGUUCCAGAAAACAUCAGCUCUGGAACUCGGGUGCUGGUGGUUAAUGCAACGGAUCCAGACGAGGGAAUCAACGGGGAAGUAAUGUAUUCAUUUCGGAACAUGGAAAGCAAGGCUUCUGAAAUAUUCCAAUUGGAUUCACAAACUGGAGAAGUUCUAGUACGGGGGUCUCUGGAUUUUGAAAAAUAUGGAUUCUAUGAGAUGGAAAUUCAAGGCCAAGAUGGUGGAGGUCUCUUUACCACCGCAAUGAUGUUGAUCACUGUUGUGGAUGUGAAUGAUAACACUCCAGAAAUAACUAUCACCUCUUCUAUUAAUUCAAUUCUGGAAAACUCUCCUCCAGGUACAGUCAUUGCUCUUCUAAAUGUGCAAGAUCAAGAUUCUGGAGAAAAUGGUCAAGUCUCCUGUUUUAUUCCUAACCACUUGCCUUUUAAAUUAGAAAAGACUUAUGGAAAUUAUUACAAAUUGAUAACAAGCAGAGUGCUGGACAGGGAGUUGGUCCAGAGCUACAAUAUAACGUUGACAGCCACAGACCAGGGAAGCCCGCCUCUGUCUUCAGAAACUCAUAUCUGGCUGAAUGUGGUAGAUGACAACGAUAACCCUCCUGUUUUUCCUCACUCCUCUUACUUUGCCUAUAUUCCCGAAAACAACCCCAGGGGUGCCUCCAUCUUCUCAGUGACUGCCCUCGACCCGGACAGCAAACAGAAUGCCCUGGUCACUUACUCUCUGACGGAUGACACUGUCCAGGGGGUGCCUCUAUCCUCUUAUGUCUCUAUUAACUCCAACACUGGUGUUCUCUAUGCCCUACAAUCUUUCGACUAUGAGCAGUUUCGAGACUUACAACUGAGAGUGAUAGCACGUGACAGCGGGGACCCGCCCCUCAGCAGCAAUGUGUCGCUGAGCCUGUUCGUGCUGGAUCAGAACGACAAUGCGCCUGAGAUCCUGUACCCCGCCCUCCCCACAGACGGUUCCACUGGCGUGGAGCUGGCGCCCCGCUCUGCAGAACCUGGCUACCUGGUGACCAAAGUGGUUGCGGUGGACAAAGAUUCAGGCCAGAACGCCUGGCUGUCCUACCGCCUGCUCAAGGCCAGCGAGCCGGGACUUUUCGCGGUAGGGGAGCACACGGGCGAGGUGCGCACGGUGCGGGCUCUGCUGGACAGAGACGCGCUCAAGCAGAGCCUCGUGGUGGCCGUCCAGGACCACGGCCAGCCCCCUCUCUCGGCCACCGUCACGCUCACCGUGGCUGUGGCCGACAGCAUCCCCGAAGUCCUGGCGGACCUCGUCAGCCUCGAGUCUCUAGCUAACUCUGAAACCUCAGACCUCACGCUGUACUUGGUGGUGGCGGUGGCCGCAGUCUCCUGCAUCUUCCUGGUAUUUGUCAUCGUGCUGCUGGCACUCAGGCUGUGGCGCUGGCAUAAGUCACGCCUGCUACAGGCUUCUGAAGGCGGGCUGGCAGGUAUGCCCACCUCACACUUCGUAGGCAUGGACGGGGUGCAGGCUUUCCUGCAGACCUAUUCCCACGAGGUCUCUCUCAUUGCGGACUCGCAGAAGAGUCACCUGAUUUUCCCCCAGCCCAACUAUGGGGACACGCUCAUCAGCCAGGAGAGCUGUGAGAAAAGCGAACCACUCUUGAUAGCUGAAGACUCAGCUAUCAUUUUAGGCAAAUGUGACCCGACAAGUAAUCAGGUGAGAUUUAUUUCUCUGCCUCCUAAUUGUUGGUGUCUUGGCACAAGUCUUUUAAGGAGAUGUUUAUUGAGCCUAUUAUGAAAAUUGUUUGGGGGGGCGGCAUAUAUUUAGUUCAUUUAUAUUUAGAGCAAUACAUGUGAGUUUUACUUUGCCUUUCAUGAGAUUACCAUAAUCUUUCAGAACGUUUUUGUGAAAGUCAUUUUUCAAUCCUGGCAUAUUUUCUUUUGAUUUCAAAGGGGCCAUUCAACUAUGCUGGCUUGGUUUGUAGUAAGUUGAAUUUUAGUAUUAUUUUUCUAUAAUCAGUGUAUGAGGCUAUCAAUUUACUAUAUAUAGAUACAAAUUAAUGAUUCACAAACACUUUUUAUUUCCAUUUCAAUUUUGCAGUGCCUUCACUGAUUUGUAGUUAUAUUCCACCAUUAUUUGCUAUUACUGCUAAUGUUCAAAUUUAGAUCCUGUCAAUUUAAUAGCAUGCUCCCUCUAGCUCUCUUUCUCAUCUAUCUAUCUAUACACAUGCACACACACUUACACAUGUAAGCUUUUCUCUGAGCAAUUUUAUUUUGAUUCUUGUUGGCUGGUAAUAUGUUUAGAUCCUGUUGACUAUUCCAACUUUGUCUCAUUUCUUCAUCCUAUCAACACAGACAUAUUUACUGGCUUUUAACUACUGGAUUUCCUUGGGAGAUAAAAUUUAGAUGACAUUUUUUCUUAAGCUCUAGAUAUCUUUUCCAUUACUAUGGUGAAGUUACAUUGACUGGUCUGAGGAAAUAAUUGAAUUAUUGAACUGGUAUUAUUUCCUUUUAUUCUUUUACUUUGGUGUCUGCGUUUGUAUGUAUGGAAGGCUUUUUAAUGUAGCAAAUCCAUAUAUAGAAAUGACUUGAUUUUGAUUCAGUACUUCUCAAAAAGCUAUUUUCAAAUAUGCUAAAGAUGUCUAUAGAUUUAUUCAAAUAGAAUAGUUUGUGAAUAUAUAAAUAGAUUGAAGGUAUUUGGACUUUAAUGAAACUGAUUUAGCUAGUAUCCUUCUGGCUAUUUUUUGUUCCUUUUCAGUGUACUUGGGAGUCAUAGAUUCCUUCUUUCUUUCCUUUAUAAGGUCUUUCUUAUGGCAAAUAGUACAUUCAGUUCUUUUAUUCAGACCAACUUGUUACUGAAGCUUGAUAAUUGCCUGACAUACAUGUUAUCUGAAGCAAUGUCUAGGAAAGUCAAAUGAGGAAUGGAGACUUAUCUAGGGUUUUUGAUUACAGGAAUAAUUUCCAUCAUCAAUUCACUUAACACUCUCGCAUCACUUCUAGGUAUUUGCCCCAAAUUACUUGCUUAUUUAUGUUCCCUUUCAAGUUUAUUUUUCUCAUUUAGAAAUUUACCUUAUGUCAUUAGUUGUAAACUGACUAUCUAGGGCUUGCACAAAAAAUAAUUUCAACUGUAGGAAAGGCAAGUCUUCCAACAGAUGCCUACAUUCGUCUUGAAGUCAAGAAAAAUGUUGGGGUAUUUUAAGCAUCUAGAGAUAGGAUUUAUACUUGUGGAAUUCCAAACUGAGAAAAUGGAUGUAAGGCAUUGUACUUUGACUGGAACUAAAUAAAAAGGAUAUGAGGUAUUUGGCUGGGAAAAGGAGAUUGUUCCAUAUUAUAAAACCUCAUCUAAACUAACUGGAAGCUUGCACCCAAGACCUUGGAGAACAAAAAGUAAGGGUUGGCUUUGAAAUGUGAUAUUAAGAUGGUUAUGUUGAUUUGGAGGUAGUGAUAAAGUUCUGUUAAGGUAUAACAUAUAGUCCCAUUAAAUAGAGGAUAAAAAUAAAACACCCUCACAUUUCAUGUUAUUAAAUUCCUAAGGCUACCUACUAGGCUAUACCUUUAUAUUCUCUUUAUGAUUAAAGUGUAAAACACUUAAUAAUCCUUUUCAGAAACCUCUUUUAUAAGUGAUAAGAAAGGUUUGGCUAUCUUUAUUCUGAAUAUGCCCUAUAUAGCUUUCAGUGCUCCUCCAGUUUUCUCUGAUAAAACUAAGAGGAAAAUUAUCUGCACAUCAGAUUGAAAAUAAUACUGCAUAUCAUUUCAUAGUGGUCAAAAUUUUCCCAUACCACUUGGUGGGGAUGUUUUCCCACAUUGUUUUUGUCGUACAUCAGGAGAGAAGACUUUGCCUAGUUGUUCCAAUAUGUGCAUUGCUUCUGCUUAGAAAAAAAGAAACUUAGGCCGGCGCGGUGGUUCACACCUGUAAUCCCAUCACUUUGGGAGGCUGAGGUGGGUGGAUCACGAG